UUGUUGGCACUGCAUUGAUUCUUGAGGGACUUCUUAUCUGAUUAACACUGCAUCUAAUUUUUUUUAUUGCCAGUUGUACUAGGUGUUUAGGUGCAGGCGAGAAAGUAUUAUAUUAACCAACAUCAAGUUUUCAAUUUAAUAAAAAAUUAUUGAACCCAGCUUGAAAAUAUCAAUCGUUACAAUUAGUUCUGUUUGAGUAAUAUAAUUUUAUUUUUAGUUAAUGGUAAACAUUAAUCAAUAAGAAAUAAAGAGAAGGACAGCAGGAGGAAUGAAAAAUGAAUGCAAAUAUUUCAUCGAUAUUGGUUCAACACCUGCAAAACAAUCAAUUAUUCCCUCUCGAUGACAACUUCAACAAAAACGUCACUUCAAUAUCGUUAUUUUUGAACGCCUCCCUGCAUCAGCAGGGUACCGACACUCCGCAACAACAUGACUUCUCUCUCUCUUUCUCCACACAAAUUCUCCUAAUCGUCAUCUACACGUUCACCACCCUGAUGUCUGUUGUUGGGAAUGCUCUGGUCAUCGUUGUCUUCCUUGUGGGUCGUCGAUCCAGGACGGAUCUCAGGUGGUUCCUGGUCAACUUGGCUGGAGCUGAUCUGGUCAUGGCCCUUUUCUGCAUGCCCUUCACAUUCACAAGCACAAUGCUGGGCACGUGGAUCUUCUCUUUCCCCAUGUGUCCGGUGGUCCUUUUCAUGCAGAGCCUCUCCGUGACAGCCAGCGUCUGCACCAUCACCGCCAUAGGCAUCGAUAGGUUCUGGGUUGUAUAUUAUCCCUUGAAAUCCCGAAUAACAAAAUCCAGAUCUCGAUUGGUGAUAACUUGCAUUUGGCUUCUAUCUCUUUUGCUUUCCAGUGUCCAAAUUUUUGUUGGCAGAGUAAAAGUGGUUAAUACAGAUGAUAAACUUUUCGAAAGCGUUGAAUGCACCGAGAUCUGGCCAGAGCCGGAGGACCUCUACUGCCGCCUCUACACCAUCUACCUCUUCCUCGUCACCUAUUUGCUACCCCUCCUCAUCUUGACCUACACCUACGGUAUGGUCAGUCGCAAGUUGUGGACGAGGACCGCACCUGGAAACGCCGACAGAUCCAGAGAUUUCCAACAACUCCAAUCUAAGAAGAAGGUCAUCAAGAUGUUGGUGCUGGUGGUCACCUUCUUCGGGGUCUGCUGGCUGCCCCUCCACCUCUUCUUCUUCGUCCUCAAUUUCUACCGCGACAUGGACGUCGUGUGGACACCGCCCGAGAAGAUGGUCUACAUCGCCUUCUACUGCUGCGCCCACUGGCUGGCCAUGUCCAACAGCUUCGUCAACCCAAUCAUCUACGGCUUCUUCAACGAAAGUUUUCGCGUUAGUCCAUCAUUUAUUUCUGUUCAUAUCUUUUCACAUUCUUCAAAUUUUUCAAAUUAA